AUGCUCGCGGCUUGCGAGCGCAACCAUGAAUUCCAACAUGCUAAGUGUAGGCAUCGUGAUAGUCCUGCAAUUAUCUGGGAUUCCUGUUUCGAGAUAAUACUUAGGAAACACAGCUGCGGGAAGAUGUCGACAGAGAGUACUGAAUUCUGGGUGCCCUGUUUGGUGAAAGGCAACUUGAGGAAAGUGUGA